AUGUCCACUGCUCCUCAGCCUCAGAACAGCACAGCUGUUGGACUGGUGUUUUUAGAAAGAGUGAUGUACACCACUCUGACCACAGCCCCAUGCUGUGUGUUCCUCUUCAUUAAUGGGACCAUGUUGUACACUCUGAGGAGCAAACCAGUGUUCAGGGAAACCUGCCGCUACGUUCUCCUGUAUAAUCUCCUGUUUGCAGACACUCUUCAGCUUGUAGUGAGUCAGUUACUGUACAUAUUGUCUAUCGGCAGGGUUUUUAUGUCAUAUCCUCUGUGUGGGAUAUUUUUCAUGAUUGCCAACCUGGCGAAUGAAAUGUCUCCUCUGGUGCUGGUGGUGAUGUCUUUGGAGAGAUGUGUGGCAGUGUGCUACCCUCUGAGGCACGCUGCCAUCGUCACCAUCAGAAACACAGCAGUGGCCGUUAUGCUGGUUUGGGCCAUCUGCUUACUAAAUGUGCUCAUUCGAGUUAUUUUACUGCUAGAAUUUCCCUUUGAGGAGCUAGAAUCUCUGCAGAUGAAGACUUUCUGUAACACUGUUGCCAUGUUUCUCACACCCCUUUAUUAUGACUACGACAGAUCUUACACUUAUUUUCUGUUUAUUUCUGCUGCUCUGGCCAUCAGCUCCACCUAUGUUGUUGUAAUUCUAGCAGCCAAGUCGGCCUCCACGGACAAAGCUUCAGCUCUUAAGGCUCGUAACACUCUGCUGAUGCAUCUGCUGCAGCUGUGCCUCAGCAUCUCUUCAACUAUUCACAACCCACUGCUAAUUGGGAUUUCUAAACUUGUCAUUUUAAGUGUACUUCUGCGACUCCAAAAUGUGUUUUAUGUGUUACUAAUCAUGCUUCCCAGGUGUCUGAGUGCACUCAUCUAUGGCCUCAGAGAUCAGACCAUCAGACCAGCCCUCAUUUACAAUCUGUGCUGUCGGAUGAAGCUUUCAGCAGUCUCCUUCAAGUUGAAGGUCUCCCCUUAA